AUGGACAAAGGGAAGGCGAUUGCAGGAAGCGGGUCGUCCGCGGCCGGAAAUCGCAAGCUCGGCGCUGACAAGUCAGGCGGUGGAAGCCGGAAGCUGAGGAACCCCGGCGUUCUCCCGUUCUUCGAGCACUCCAUGGACGAUUUUAUGGAAGAAGGUGAAACUGACCCCGUAGUCAACAGUGAACCUGAGAAAGCUCAUAUCCCUCCAUUUAUUCCUAAAGAUGAGGUUGUGGAUGAGGAAGAAUUUGAAAGAAUGAUGGAAGAACGAUACAGAACUGCUUCUACCUAUGUGACCUACGCUGAAGAUAAUUAUGAAAAGAAAAGAUCGGUUGAUGGACCUGUGCUUGAGCCUUCUGCUAGAGAUCCCAUUAUAUGGAAAGUAAAGUGCACGGAUGGGAAUUUGGGUGCUCUGGGUUUUGAAGAUUUCACAUUAUCACCUAACUCCCUUCUUUAUCCAAAAGAGCCAUGGCAAGAAAGGGAAAAUAAUUUCAAUCAGGGCGAUAGUGAUGGUCUGUUCUCAAUUGGUCAAACUUUAAGAAUUAAUGCUGGUCCAUUAAAAGGAUACCUCUGUCUUGUUUUGGCCAUACACUGUGCUGAUAUCACUGUUAAGCUUGAUUCUCAGCAAAGGGUUCUUACAGUUAAAGCUGAUCAUCUUACAGAGGUUCGUGCAAAGAGCUCUGCCAUGCUUAGUGAGGAUCCAGAGUCCAACUCUCUUAAAUUAUUUGAUUUGCUUGGUGAAGGAGGCUCUCAAGAUGGGACAGUUCAAGCUGGGACAUCAGCUGGGGGUGAAUGGUGGAAUGCUGGAGGGUCAUCUGGUGAAAGGAAUGCUUGGCCAAGUUUCUCUGCCUUGGGCAAUUCGCUUCAACCUGAGUCGAGCUCUGUGAAUCCUUUUGAUUCUGAUGGAAAUGGUGCUAAAAAAGAAUAUAGUUUGUGGGAGAGGAACGUGGCUUCAAAUAACAACUCAUCUUGGGGCGCUAAAGUUACGGAUGACAUCAGUCUUUCUGACACUUGGAAAAAAGCAUCCUGGGGAUUAGCAGCAGCAGUGUAUAACAAGGAUCAAUGUACUGGGUGGGGCAAAAGCGACUGUUGGGGUGCUAAAGUUGGAUGUGACAGCACUUUGUCAUAUUCUUGGAAAAAAGCAUCAGAACCUGCUAGUUCGUCCUGGGUUGUUGCAGCAGCAGUAGUAAACAAGGAUCACGGUUCUGUCUGGGGCGGUAACGAUAGUCAGAAACCAAGUGUUGAUGAUAGUGGUGACGGAGGUUGUGCUUGGAAUAAGCCAGCUGGAGGUUCUUGGAGUAUACAAGCUGGAGGAUCCUCCUGGGGUAAGCAAGUCGAUUCAAGCACUGGUGACGCAGGGUGGAAAAGUUCAACUUCGUCGGUAGAGAAUCAGAAUGGGAGCUGGAGUAAUGCAGGUGGCUGGGAAAAAGCUGAAGGUGGAUCUGGUAAUGAUAAUCAGAAAGACUGUCGGAAGAGACCAAGUGGUGUAGAUGACAAUAAAAGUUCAUUAUGGAUAAAGGAGGACGGAGGUUCUGCCUGGAAUAAACAAGAUGGAGGCUCUACUUGGAAUGUUGGUGGUCCUUGGAGUAAAGGUGGGGAUCAAGUGUGUGGUCGUGGUGGCUAUGGUAAUGGUGUUGGUGGUAGAGGGGGUGCAGGUGGGAACUGUUUCAAGUGUGAUGAGUUAGGACACAUGGCUAGGGAGUGUUCUCAGGGCCGCGGCGAUGGUAGAGGUAGUGGAGGUGGAAACUGUUUCAAGUGCAGUGGUACUGGCCACAUUACCAAGGAGUACCCUCAGUGUGGUGGUAGAGGAGGUGGAGGUGGGAAUUGUUUCAUGUGCGGUGAAGCUGGACACAUGUCUAGGGAGUGUCCUCAAGGUGGAGGAAAGGGUAACGGAAAAAUGGCGAUACCAAAGGGAAGUACUGUAGCUGCUGUUAUCUCAGAUAACGUAGCAUAUAUAGUGGGCGAUGGUAGAAUUUCUAUGGUGGAUGACAAAGAGAUAGGGGGAGGUAAGGUAGUCGAUAUUGGUACUGGAAAAUGCGAUAAGGUACCUAAGAUUAAUAGAUAUAUGUUGGCUGGUAGGACGGGAAAUGAGCAUGUGUGUGACGCCAUGAUUAAGGUUAUUAGAGAUGCUGUAGGAGAAGAAAAUAAUUUUGCUCUUGCACAGCGGACAGCUCAAGAGUUUGUUGAGGGGUGGAAGAGUGACAAUUUGCCAAAAAAAUUCCCCUCUCAUAUUAUACUUGUUGGCUGGGAUAACAAUGGGAGCAUCAUUUCUCUAGUUGGAGGGAGAGAGCCGAAGAUAGUGAGGAAAAACCAUGAGGUUGUGGCAUCUGGACUUGGUGAACGUGAUGUCAAAAAUUAUAUAGUGUGUAAAAUGAAGGAAAAUAAACUCAAUGGGAAUGAAAUUGAUUGUUUGGUUGAAGCAGUAACACUGGCAUGUGCAAAAGGGAAUGCUAGUGGUGGUUUGAUUAAGGGCGUGCGUAUUAGAAAUGGAGAGAUGAGGGAGAUUCUGGGGAUUAGCCAUGUUGUGGUAGGACUAAUUUUCUUUUUCAAAGAGCUUGUUCCCUUUCUGAGUGAUAGCAUUAUAUGCAUAAGUCAUGGGAUUGAGUAUUGCUAUAAUCGUGAGAAGGAGCUAGAACACAAAAUCAAAAGCACUGUUGGGAACAUAGAGUUCUACCAAAUCCUAGGGGUCAAUAUGAAGGUCAACUGCAUCGUUAGAUCGAUUGGGUUUAAGAACUGUUUGGAAACACAAAAAAAACUUACUAUGCUACAAAAGACGAAGUUUUUGAAGAAAUACACUGUUGGCCACCCUACUCAGGAGAUCUUGGAGGGAUUGAAACAACACUUUGUUAAUUUGACAAGGAAGUCUGAUGACUUUCUUUAGUGCUGGUACAGGGAAUGGGGAGGUGUCAAAUGGAAGACGGGCUUUGUGUGCACUGCUACCAAUUUUCGGUGUAUUGGUUUUGUUUGUGAAAAGUUUUGUUCAGUUAUCUCUGGGUUCAUGAACUUUGCAUGCUAUGAGCUUGAAAACAGUGGUCUUCUAGUUAUUUUGGGAUGAAAACUAGCACCGUUUUGCUAGAAAUUCCCUGUCGGCAUGUCUGCCUUUUUUGUAGGACAUUAUAAUAUAUCAUAGUUGUCUAUUUUGGGAAAUAUUCUGGUCUCAAGUGAUGACAGGUGAGUGGUGACAUACAUAAACUCUCAAUUAUUUAUGAUUUUGUACUUAGCAAAAGCUAGCAUCUCUUCGUAGUACGUUUGACUAGAUGUAUAUGAUGCUCAACCAACAGUGGUCUCCUAGUAUUUUGAGAUGAAAGCUGGCACCAUAUUGCUUGAAAUUUCCGUUUGUCUACCUUUUUUUGUAAGACAUUAUAAUUCGUCAUAGGUAUCUCUUUUGGGAAAUUUUCUGGUGUCUAGUGAUGACAGGUGCACAUACAUUCUUGAUCUUAUUUUUCUACUCACAAUUAUUUACAAUUUUGUUACUUGGUGUAUUUACCAUCUCUUGAUCGUACAUUUGACCAGAAACUUUAAAUGUAUGUGAUGCUCACCCAAAUAUUAAUAGUAAUUGAGGAAACAAUGGCGGAACUGAUGAGGUGGUUAACCAAUGUGUCCAUUUGUAUAUAUUGAAUAAACUUCUAAUCAACUCGUAGAAAGAAUAAUUAAGCUUGUUUCUUUUUCACUAUAUUGGCUUUGGUUGAUAGAACCAAAAGUUGUGUUUCUAUUGUAGGAGUAAUUUUUUGGGUUAUUUGUAGACUACUGUUCAUCCAGGGAGGGAUAUUAUUUAUGUCAAUGGGAAUCGGCUGCCUCCCAAGGUUUAUCUUGCACUCAACAAGCCGAAAGGGUAUGCGGUGUUGGUAUUGUUUGCGAGGCGAUUUUAUGUUGGAGGCUUUGGAAAUUUUGUUUUAGGGUUGAUGUGUUUGUGUUUUGAUAGGUACAUUUGCGCUACAGGUGAGAAAAAAAAUCUAUAUUGGGUCUGUUUGAUGAUUACUUAAAAGAGUUGGGAAUGUUGAGGCUUUACAAACUUAAUUCAAACUGCCUACGUUUUCAUCAGUCAUUUUCUCAUGUUUUCGGAAUUUUAGAUUCUCAUGAUAGCUUACA